GUGGUGUCGCGCGUACAAGUUUGGGGUCUGACUGGGCCGCGGCGGCACACGGCCAAGGAACCGAAAGUGAACGGCGCGCUUGCUAGCCGUGCACGUCAGCUCGAAGCCGCUCCCUGCCGCGUCGGUAAGCGGCCGAGCAAACCCCCUUAUGGCGGCUCCUGCGCCUGAGGGGAAGGCGGCGGCCUCGAGCGACCUCUCUCCGCGAGAGGAAGGGGAACUGGAGGACGGGGAAAUCAGCGACGACGACAACAACGACGGCGGGCCUCCGGAGCCCAGCAGCAGAGAUGGCGGCGGAGGCACCACCACCAAGGGCCCUUACGCCAGGCGUAGGCCGCCUCCCGACCUGCGGAACAGCCUCCUCCUCUCCUCGUCUCGCCGCUUCCCCCACUUGCGCCACCAGCCUCCCCCUGAGCUCGGGCACCUCCAUGGCCGAGGAGGAGGAGGAGGCGGAGGCGGCUACCGACUCAAGGAACCUUUCCGGCCGCACCCGCCGCCUCCGUCGUCUUCAUGCUCGCGGCUGCCGCCCGGCUCGCACCAGGACUCCGGCCCCAGGCUCUCGUUCUGGGAGCGCAGCCACAACGCCCUGGACCGCUUUCGCUUCCGAGGAAGGCCUUACCGGGGCGGGGGCCGAUGGGGCAGGAGCCGAGGAGGAAACCCCCCUGGAAGACCCCCCGGGGGAGGUGGGGGAGGGGGAGGGUACGGCGGGAACCAGGGCUGGAGGGAACCCUCUCCUCGGAAAUCCAAAAGCUUUGGAAAAUCUCCAUCUAGAAAGCAGAACUAUACAUCUAAGAAUGAUAACUCUGUUGAAGAGAGUUUUGAGGAUCUGUUGAUGAAAUAUAAGCAAAUUCAACUAGAACUUGAAUAUAUUAAUAAAGAUGAGAAACUGGCUCUGAAUAACAAAGAGGAAACUGCUCAGCAAGUCAAUGAUGAAAUGGCCAGUCCUGAGGACCAAGUAUCUACAGAAAAUAUCAGUAUUACAAAGGAUGCUGUAAAUGAAGUGUCUCCCGAGGAGAAGAAUAAAGUGUUAACCUUUCAGGCAUUUGAACUGAAGCCUCUCAGGCAAAAACUGCCAACUCUAGCUGAGAGGAGCAAGUUGAAAAAAGUGAAAGAUGGAGUAAAACAAGUGUCACAGAAAUCUGAAUUACUGGUUGCCAGUCAAGUAGCAGAUGAAAAAGAGCAAGGAGAACAAAAUCUUAGCCCAUCAGAUGCUGCAGUAGAGAAGAAAUUGCUUGAUGAAGAGGAGGAAGUGUCAGAGUUGCAGCUAAGACUACUAGCCUUGCAGUCUGCUAGUAAAAAGUGGCAACAGAAAGAACAACAAGUGAUGAAAGAAAGCAAGGAAAAACUUACAAAGGCAAAAAAUGUACCACAAAAGAUCAAAACCAGCACAAAAUCGCAUUCAGCCAAAAAAACCAGCACUGCAGCUAAACAAGCACUGAGGAAACAGCAAACAAAAGUGUGGAAAAAACUGCAACAACAGAAGGAGCAAGAAAGGCGUCAGAAGGAAGAGGAACAACGGAAACAAGAAGAGGAGGAGGAGAGAAGGAAAAGGGAGGAGGAAAUAAGAAAAAUCCGUGAUCUUUCAAAUCAAGAAGAACAGUAUAAUAGGUUUAUGAAGCUGGUUGGAAGCAAGGCAAGAUCAAGAAGCAAGUCUUCAGAUAAAGAUUUGAGACGGUCAUUAGAUAAGCAAUCUACUGAGAGUGCAGGAGGAAUCUAUCAAUAUGAUAAUUACGAUGAAGUUGCCAUGGACACAGAAAGUGAAACUAACUCUCCUGCAUCAUCUCCAGUGCAGCCUCCGUAUUUUGAAUGCCCUGCUGGAUACUUUUCUCCUACCAUUCCACAAAUAACACUGCCUCUUGCAGCCCAGAUUUCAGCUUUGCCACCAAGUAGCCAGUUGUAUGUGGAAGGUAUUUCAAGUGCUUCCCUUGAGCCACUACCACCCCUUCCUCCACUUCCACCUGAAGAACCUGAACAGCCACCCAAACCGCCAUUUGCAGAUGAGGAAGAGGAGGAAGAAAUGUUGCUACGAGAAGAGCUGCUUAAAUCUCUAGCAAACAAACGAGCUUUCAAACCAGAGGAGAACUCAAGUAAUAGUGGUCCACCUUCACCGCCUUUCCCCAAUAACUCCCAUGCCGUGCCAAGAAGCAAUCUUUCAGCCGUCAGUAUUAACACUGUUUCUCAACCUCGUGUAAAGAACACAAAGAUUAUUAGAGUACCAAGACUCCCACGAACAGUGAUUACGCUUCCAAAGCACAAGUCAGUCGUGGUUACACUGAACGAUUCAGAUGACAGUGAAUCGGAUGCAGAACAACCCAUCUCUGCUGCUAGUGUGUUUGGUGGCCUAGAAUCUAUGAUCAAAGAAGCUCGAAGGACUGUAGAGGCAUCAAAACCCAAAGCACCUUUAAAAUCUGAAAAAGAAAACAAUCCUGUAAGAACCCCAGAGGCCUUACCAGAAGAUAAAAAGAUUGAAUACAGACUCCUAAAAGAAGAGAUUGCCAGCAGGGAGAAACAACGCCUGAUAAUAUCUGAACCCUUGAAGACAAGUUCAUCACCAGCAAACUCUGACGUUGAAGUUGAUGGGGUUGGUAGGAUAGCAAUAGUAACGAAACAAGUUACAGAUGCAGAGGCAAAACUCAAAAAACACAAACUUCUCUUGAUGAAGGAUGAAUCUGUGUUGAAACAUCUAUUACAGCAAGAGGCAAAGAAGAAAGAGUCUGUUCGUCUUGCUGAAAGCAAGAUUGCCAAACUUAAUGAGCAGCUGCAAGCAGCAGAGAAGAUAUUAAAUGCUAAUAAAGUGUUCUUGAAGAAGCUUCAGGAACAAAUCCACAGAGUACAGCAACGAGUAACAGCAAAAAAAGCGCUAGCAUUAAAAUAUGGAGAAGAGCUUGCUCGAGCGAAAGCACUGGCUAGCAAAGAACUUGGAAAACGAAAACUUGAAUAUGAUCAUUUUGGACCAAACAAAAUGCUGAAAUUGGAGAAAUCUCCUUCAUCGAGCCCCAAGAAACAUUCAGCAGAGCUGAUAGCACUGGAGAAAAAAAGAUUACAGCAACUACAGUAUGAAUAUGCUCUAAAAAUUCAGCAGUUGAAGGAGGCCCAUGCACAACAGACUAAGGACCGAUCAAAUAUUCUUCCCGUUACAGAAGAGGAACCUGAAUUUGCACUACCUCAACCUUCCCUUCAUGAUCUGACACAAGACAAACUGACAUUAGAUACAGAAGAGAAUGAUUGUGAUGAUGAAAUUCUGUCCAAUUCCACCAGAGAACGAAGGAGGUCUUUCAGAGAAUCAAAUUCUUCUACUAAACCUAACCUUAAGCACGUUGACACCCCCAAGCAAGAAACGCCAAGCAAACUUUCUAAAAAGGCACUAGAACAACCUGAGCUCUUUUUGGGUCUGAAUAUUGAUGAAUUGAAAAAACUCUAUGGGAAAGCUGAUGGCUUAAAAGAUCUCUUGAGAGAAAAUACCAUGCUUAUGGCUUAUAAUGAAGAAAACUUACAUGGGCAGGAAAUAAAAGUGGAUGUAGACCCUUUCACAGCUCCAAGUAAACAAACAGAAGGGAAGCCAUAUCCGUUUGGACCUUAUCAUAGCCCACUUCUUGUUUUUAAAUCUUACAGGUUUAGUCCCUAUUUUCGAACAAAAGAAAAGCUUUACCUCAGUUCAGUAUCCUACAGCAAUAUGAUUGAGCCUAAACAGUGUUUCUGCCGUUUUGAUCUAACGGGUACAUGCAAUGAUGAUGAUUGUCGAUGGCAACACAUGAAAGAUUUCACUCUCAGCCGAAGACAGCUGUUUGAGGAUGUUCUUUCGUACAAUUUAGCUCUGAUAGGCUGUUCAGAAAAAAGCACUGAUGAAGAGAUAAGCACUGGAACAGAAAAAUAUGUUGAAAAACUAUUUGGUGUAAACAAAGAUCGCAUGGCAAUGGAUCAAAUGGCUGUUCUUCUUGCUAGUAAUGUCAAUGAAAGCAAAGGUCACACCCCUCCGUUUACAACUUGGAAAGACAAAAGGAAAUGGAGACCUAAGCACUGGGAAAAAACUCAUUUGGACAGUGAUAUCAGCAGUGAAGAGGAACAGUCUUCUGGACCUAUUAAAUAUGCUCCCGCAGUACAAAACAGAAUAAACCUUCCUGCUCUGGAUGCUGUUGUGACUCCUGAUGAUGUUAGGUAUUUUACAAAUGAGACCGAUGACAUUUCAAACCUGGAAGCAAGUGUACUUGAGAACCCAUAUAACGUUCAGCUUUGGAUCAAAUUGGCCUACAAAUACCUGAAUCAAAACGAAGGAUCAUCCGCCGAACGCUUAGAUUCUGCUUUAAAUGUCCUGGCUCGAGCACUAGAAAAUAACAAAGAAAAUUCUGAAGUCUGGUGUCAUUACCUCAAGCUGUUUUCAAAAAGAGGAAUUAAGGAAGAGGUGCAAGAAAUGUGUGAGACUGCAGUGGAAUAUGCUCCUACUUAUAAGAUUUGGUGGACAUUUCUAAACCUGGAAAACUCGUUUGAUGGAAAGGAUUAUGUGUGUGGGAGAAUGUUACAGUUCCUGAUGGAGAGUCCAAAAUGUGAAGAGAAUCUGGAUCUUCGGUCCUUUCACUUGCUGGAGAUGUUGCUGUAUAGAGUUCACCUAAGCCUUUUCACUGGGAAAUAUCAAAAUGCUGUUGCGUUAUUCCAGAAUGCACUGAAGUCAGAAAGUGAAACGGUUUUGGUGCAACACCUAACCAUAAGUGACCGCUGCCUAGCUUGGUUAUCCUAUAUACAUCUGAUUGAGUUUGGUGAUCUCCCCGUCAAGUUCUAUGAUCCUGCCAAUAGCAACCCUUCAAAAAUAAUGAAGAAGGAGCCUUUUUUAAUACCUUGGAAAACAAUUGAAGAUGUGAAAGCUGAUCCUGAUACUUUGUUAGCUGUAUUUGAAGAUGCCAUCCAGUCCUGCAUCAGUGAGGAUUCUACAGCUGAUGAAAGAGUAGUUCUCUGUCUUCCGCUAUAUAGAAACAUGGUCAUUUUGCAACAGCUGUUAGAAAGGUGGGAAGCUGCUAUUGAGCUUUGUAAAUCACUCUUGAAAUUAAACCCCAUUGACUGCCGGCUGCUAGAAGCACUAGUUGGUUUGUACUUGCGGACAGGCCAGAUGGAAAAAGCGUGUGAUGUGUGGCUUACAGCAUUUGAGAAACACCCUCAAAAUGCCCAGGUUUUCUACUUUAUGUGCAAAUUCUUCAUUCUGCAGAAUAGAUCAGAUAGCAUUCCUCCACUGUUGCAAGCCUUCGUUGCAGCAUUCUUCGAGAGUGUGACUCGAGACAACAGUCCUGUGGAUCUGUUACGAUAUUUUUUGAAUUUCCCAAUGCCAAUUGAAUUCACACCGCCUGUGUAUAAGGGAAGCUUUACAGAAGAGCUUUUAAACCAGCAAAUUCCUUACUUGUGGCAAAUAUACUGCUUAUACCAGUCUCUUAAUGGAAGUUCUGGAGAUGCAGUGGAUGCUUAUGAGGCAGCUCUGGGAGCAGUUAUGCAAGAGGAAAUAGUUCAGCAGAUUUGGCUAGAUUACCUUGUUUUCAUCAAUAGCAAGGUUGUCAGAUCUAACAAUCAAGUUCAAGAAUUCAAGCUUUUUACAGAUCUUGUGAACAGAUGUCUUGUUACAGUCCCCACCCGUUACCCUAUUCCAUUUAGCACCGCUGAUUAUUGGACCAACUAUGAAUUCCACAACAAGGUUAUUUUCUUUUAUCUGAGUUGUAUUCCGAAGUCUCAGCAUUCCAAAGCAUUGGAAAGAUUUUGCUCUACCAUGCCUGCUAAUCCUGGACUUGCAUUCAGGCUGCUUCAACAACACUGGGAAGAGAGCAAUGUCCAGAUUCUGAAACUACAAGCCAAGAUGUUUACAUAUAAUAUCCCAACAUGCCUGGCCAUCUGGAAAAUAGCCAUUGCUGCUGAGUGCUUUCUAAAGGGACAGAGAGAGGUCCAUCACUUAUAUCAGAGAGCCUUUCAGAAGCUACCUCUUUGCGCAACCCUGUGGAAAGAUCAGCUCCUGUUUGAAGCAUCAGGAGGAGGUAAAACUGAUAACCUGAGAAAACUAGUUUCCAAGUGCCAAGAGGUUGGAGUCAGCCUAGAUGAGCUUUUAAAUUUAAACACUUACAGAACAGAAAGCACGAAUCGCUGAACACUGGGUGCAGUCAGUGCUAAGUCCUAUUAAAUGCCAAAAUCAUUUGAAUGAUUCUCCAGGCUGAUCUCUGGCUUUAGGCCUCUGAAAAGCAGAUGCGCAAAGCUGAGCAUAUCAAGUCUCUCU